ACUUGACACAGGUGUUUCAAGCCGGGAGAUAAUUAACAACUUGAGUCCUGUUAACGCACUGACGCGUUUUAAUGCAAAAGAAACUAUAUCGUCCACAAAACUCACCGGUGGGGAAAUUAAUGCUCUUAUUUUACUUAAUCAAAUAUUAAACCAACUUUACUGAUCAUGACUGGAGAUACAACUACGGUGGGGGCUGACGAGCAUGGAGAGAGAGGAGCAGCAGCAGCUGCAUCUGUGGAAAGACGACCUAGUAUUGUGAAGCUACAAAAUAUGCUAAGGAAAGUUUCUCAAAGCCCUUUCCAUAAUCAAUACAAGACUCUUGUUUCAUCAACCUCAGACUUCAGUGAAUCAUCAGCAAAUGAGUACCAAAACAAACAGAAUGGAGAGCAGGAAGUGCUGCACUUAAGUCCUCAGAGUGGAAUCAGUGGGGGCUUGGAAAGAAUGAACUCUUCUCAUGCGCAUUCUUUGGAUUUGGGCAGCAAAGGUCAUGUAAUGAAGGAUGUACGGAGGAAAAUGUCUGAUGAAAAUCUCAAUACCAUCCUUGUCCCUCCACCUGAAUUUCAAAAUGUGGAAAAUGGAGCCCAAGUUUCUGAACCUCAAAAGGACUUAUUCCAGGCCCAUAACGCCAAUCAUUCACAAGGCCUCUUCCAGGCAUCAACACUGGCCAGGAAGACAUCUGCCAAUGACCCUUUUCAUGAUGUAACCCUGAACUCACCAGACUUAUUCAAGUCAAUCCCUGCUCAAACACAGACCUUUCCCAAAACCUUGGACCUGUUUAAAGAUGAAGGGGUCAAUCUUUUCCAGGCUGCUAAAGGAGAUGAUGAAGCUAAACGCACUACGGAGGUGAAUCUCUUUGAUAAAUCUCCCAGUAUCUUUGUUGACCCGUUCAUAUCUACUUCAAACAAGGAGUAUGACCUGUUCCGUUCUCCACAGCCCAAGAUGGCAAAUCCAUUUUCUACUACCACGACCAAUGGAGCGGAUUUGUUUCAAUCACUUCCAACUAGAAGUGGGGAACUCUUCAACAUCAGGGAAAACAAACAAGACGCCUCUACGAAAGAGGACCCUUUUGGCAUGUCUUUUAAGGAAAACCUUGAUGUAUUUUCAUCUUCAUCCACAAAUUCAGUCGACCCAUUCCCAAGCCCAAUUACAAAGAGUUUAUUCCAAAGUGUUUCCAGUUUGGAUGACCCAUUUGGUCCUACUCCUUCAAAACAAUACGACCCUUUCCAGGAUGUUUCAAAUGGGUCUCCAUUUGACAUUUUCCAACCUCUUCCCUCAAAGACUAACAGCAAUGUAUUUGAGAUAAACCCCAUCAAUACUGCCUCUACACCUUCACUCAACAGUCAGAAAUCAGAAGUGAAGUUAGACAUGCUAUCUUCACCAGAUCUUUUCAAGGCAGCGACAUCAGAAUCACAUCCAGCCAUCCAACCGAACUCGUCUGACAGGCCUCAUGAUAUUGUCUUGACGACUCCCCAGGGAACUGAACAUGAAAUCCUUGAGCCAAGUCCCUUCAGUCGGGCCAGGCAUCUGUCUGUGUCACCAAGGCAAUCUCCAUCUGAAAUGACUCAUGUGCAGACCUUCAAACGUCCGCCAAAGCCACUUCCCCGAACUAGACCACCCAGGCCAAACAGGCCACCAAAACCAGAAAAACCACUGACACCAGCAAACCCUAUUGGAACUGAACCAGCUCUACCAAAAACAUCUCCCAAGCCAGCCUUCAGUAUGCUCCCAAAACCAGUUAAACCCAAAACUCUGGAAAGUAAACAGACAGACCCUGAGAACUAUGUUGUCUUUGAGGAUGUCCUGCUUAUUGGACAGGAGAGGUGUGUUGAAGACUGGCCCGAAGACAGCCCUGAGCUUAACCCUGACUUCAAACCAUCUGGAACAUUAAGACUACGACGAGAAUCAUUGAAAAUGAACUCUAAUGGAGGCAGUGGCGAGGAUCAGGACAACUCUGGGAGUCACAGCAAGAAAAAAGACAAAAAAAACAGAAAGUCCUUUCUUUCAAGAAGAGGGUCAAAGGAAAAGUUUGCUGAUGACACAAAGGAGGGGAGGAGCAAGACACUACCUUACCAUAGUAAAUCAACAAUGGAGUAUUCAGAUAGGCACAUGUCUGCAGGAGAGAACGAAGACGAGGAGCAGAAUGGGAUGGUUUACACGAAGAAUCCUCUUAAGACCAAAGUCAACCCGAAGCUAAGAAGAGCGUCCACUAAUUCCUCUGUGCCAGACACAAAGCACAUGAACAAACUUUUACCUCAAGAAUCAAAGGGUGAUGAUGAUAAGAAAAGCGUCAGCAAGAAAAACUCCAUUGAACGUCGAUGGUCAGAGGGGGUCGUUUUGGAUGGCAGCACUGGUGAGGACGAGGAAGGAGAUGAAGCCCAGCAUGGCGAGGUUCACAGCCAUGGAUUUAAGAAAAAAAAGAAGGUGAAAAUCACUUUUAUCCCACAUAGAGGAUUUGCCAUCACAUCAGCAAAGACGGAUGAUAAACUGAAGGGAGCACAUGGAUACACAUCUCGCAAAAACUCAAAGGUACAUGAGUAUUCAGAUAGGCACAUGUCUGCAGGAGAGAAUGAAGACGAGGAGCAGAAUGGGAUGGUUUACACGAAGGAUCCUCUUAAGACCAAAGUCAACCUGAAGCUAAGAAGAGCGUCCACUAAUUCCUCUGUGCCAGACACAAAGCACAUGAACAAACUUUUACCUCAAGAAUCAAAGGAUGAUGAUGAUAAGAAAAGCGCCGGCAAGAAAAACUUCACUGAACGUCGAUGGUCAGAGACGGAUGAUAAACUGAAGGGAGCACAUGGAUACACACCUCGCAAAAACUCAAAUGUACAUGAUAAAUCGCAAGAUGAAGUUUUGGGUGCGCAUGGCUACACACCUCAAUAUAUGUCCCAGGCUAAUCCCUUUGAGGAUGUAGACGAGAUGAAAGAUUACCGUCUUCAGUCAGCUUACAUGGCUGAUUUCAUGGAUGACGACCUCUUACAGAAAACACCCCAUAUGUCUGCUGGAUUAAAUGGGGAUGAAGAUCCAUAUGGAAUGGCAGACUGGAAACCUAAGAAACCAACAAAGAUGAAACAGCUGCUCGUGGGUCGUCGAAGCUCUAAGGAGGGCAUGCUGGACAACAGUCCCCAGACAAAGAACAGCUUCUCAGCAGAGGAGUUAGACAAUGAAGACCUAAAAGGAAUGCAGGACUGCAAACCGAAAAACUCCAAAUACAAAGUCCCUAUUCCCAUCCCACGCAAUUCUAAGACCACCAGUGGACAGAGUGAACCAAUAGGAUUCAGCCAGCACAUACCUCAGCAAGCAUCCAUGUUUAAUCAGGAUGCCUUUGCUGAUAAUGACAUCCCUCAAACAGGAACAUAUUUCAUGAGUCCUGGAGAGAUGUAUGACAGCGAACAGGAUGAAGUGGAAACCUGCAAACCGAAGAAGUCAUCUAAACUUAAAGGCCUCAAAAAACAAAAGGCAAAGAACAAAGCCAUGCAUCUAGAGUGUGAAGAUCCACCAGGAGCUACGUCUAGUGACUACCUGUCAGAGGCUGCUAAGGCGGAGUGGCUGGCUGCUCAGAUGGAUGAGCGUGCUAUAGCAGCUCUGGAGGAUGAUGAUCAAGAAGGGGACACUGACAGUUUGAUGGAGUGGUGGAACACUGUAGAACAAUGGGAUGAGGUGCCAUCAGACGAUGAGGACAAAUUCAAAACAGAGGAUGAGUCCAAGUCAUUCAGCAUCUUGGCAGACAAGGUUCAUCGUGGCCUGCGUGUCUUCAACAAGGUCUUCACAGAGCGAGCUGAGGUCCUCUGGCAAUCCACCGUCGCACUCCACAGCAUCGCUGACAACAUCAACAAUUUCCACCACAAGGCCAAGAUCGCUGGCAUUACUGGCGGCACCACCACUGCUGUGGGUGGUGUGACAGCCAUCGCUGGUUUGGCUUUGGCACCCUUUACUCUCGGUGCCUCUCUUAUAGUUACCGCUGUUGGUGUGGGUGUGGCAACAGCUGGUGGAAUCGCUUCAGCCUCUGCGGCCAUCUCGGAUAACGUUAACAACAUGAAUGACCGGAAGAAGGUGGAGAUGGUAUUGGAGAACUAUGAGGCUCAGCUGCUGGACAUUGGGAAGAUCCUCCACUUUGUCAAUCAGGGCUUGUACAAACUGCGUGGUCAUCCUUUCCUUAGGUCUGGCACCCAACACUACUCAGAGGACUGGGAGGUCCGCAGGGCAGUCCAGAUGAUCAGCUUUGUCGAUCAGCCUGUGAUGCGAGCGACGGAGAUAGCGGACGAGGCCAUUACCUCAGUCCAAGGACUCUUCAAAGGCAUGGACAAGUACUUCAUCAAGGAUUCCCGAGAGCUGAAGAAAGGCUGCAAGAAAGAGGUGGUGGGUCAAAUAAAGCAUGUGGCAAAUUUCCUCCACGAUGGGGUAGUCGAGCUCAAUGCCAUCAGAGAGGAGCUACAGGAUGCCACUGGAAACAUUUGAUCAACUUCCUGCAUGAUGCCAUUUUGACAAUCAACAUCAAAGAUCACCAACCCCCUCUCCUGGCUAAAUGAGGGAACUGUUGGUUUUAAAGGAAUUCAUGGACCCAGUAGGUAAGCACCUACUGUAAGACAAAUUCAGUUUUCUGAAAACAGCAGACUCUAGAGUUAUACGUAGUUUAGACAAUUAACACUAGAUUAGACUAGAAUACAUUUCAAUAGUCCUGCAAAAAUGCAACCCCUGUGAAGCUAAUAAGUCGUUAUUUUGUUGUGAUUUUGGCAGAGGGGUGUUAAUUCAACUCUGAGAACUUGUGACGCUAUGGAUUAGUCUUGUUGUAUUUGUAUUGUAAGGCAUUUACUGUACACACAGGGGGCUGCAGAAUGACAGGAAAACACCCUUCUUUAUGCACUGUAUGUAUUGUUCUGUAGGUAAAAUGUUUAAAUAUAAGGUGUAUCAAAAUGUAGCUUUGUGGUCACAGAUGGUUUGACUUCAACAUUUGAAUAGAUUUUUAGUUUAAUUUGUCCACCUACUGUACUUACAGGAGGAUGGCAAAUGAUAAACGGGAGCACCUUACAAUAUAAUGCAACUGAUACAGCAUGAAUAGGUUCAGCAUUUUUUUUUUUUUUUUGUAGUGCUAUUGUAUUGAAUGUUGUCAGCAGAGUCUGUGAUUUAGUCCAAUCCCUGAAUCGGAUAUCAGUUUGAGCAAACAAAUAUUAGACUCAAAAAGAGGGAACUGUGCAGACACAAAGUGAUAUUUGUCUUUAUGGUGUUUAUAAGAUUUUAAUGCGUUGUUAAAAUUGGCAUGUUAAUAGUCUUCAUUUGUUGAAUUAAAGUUAAUGGAUAUAGGUUUUGUAAAUAGAAAUGUUCUGCUCACAUUGUAUAAAAACAUCCAAUUUUAAGUGUUUCUUUUUUAAAGAGAAACGGUGAUAAUGGUAAAUUGUAUUGCUUCAGGACACCUAUUAACACAACUAAUCUUUUUUUUUUUUUUGGUUGAGUUUAAGUCUUUUAGUUUAUUAAAAGUAUUCAUAUCCCGGAUCAAGUACAAAAUGAAUAAAUCUCGAAGAGAUGCUCUGAACCAGAUUUGGCUACCAGCUCAUUUCCGUCUAUAGUCCCAAACGGGUAGGUUGCAGCUGUAGGUUGUGGUUUGCUGGAGCAUCAGUUUAAAAAACAAAAAACAAAACAAAAGCUUCAACAAUUUGUACCUAUUGGUAAAGUAUUCCUGCAUUGAAAGCCACAUGUGUCACCAUGUAAAAUUAUUGUACACAUUUUUGUAAUUUUUUUUGUGGCAUGUAAUGCAUUUUAGUUGCAUUAAGAAUCAAUUUUAUUAUUCCCCAUAAUAUAUAUAUAUAUCAAAAACUGGAGGCACCUUUUUGUCUUAUGUGGCAUCCAUGUAAGUGUGUGUGUGUGUGUACUGUUGACCAUGCCCCCAUGAAUGAUUAUAUGUGUGUAUAUGUGCCUCUAUUCUAUUUUACUGUCAAACCUAAGUUUAACCAUUCAUAUAUUAAUGUUUUGUAUACAGUCACUGUAUGUUUUAAAUGUCAAUUUUCUUUGUGACCACUUGUGGUCUUAUAAUUGCCUUUAUUUUGUCAGUGUUUUACACUGUUAGGGCAUUUUCCUGCAUUAUUUUAACCGGAUUCUUUCAUGUAACACUGACUCUGUAAAUAAAGCCUGUUUACAAAUGUG